UGAAUUAAGGAAUUGUUUAAUCAAAGUGGAUUACGCAAAAUCGAAGCAAUUAGCUUCUGGUGUUGUUUGAAGGGGCACGCAGCAAAUUUUGUCUGCGUCUCCUCCUAACCGACUCUCGCUCGAUCCGAUCCCUUUUCUCUCUACUUUGUCUCAAUCUCGAACCAAUUAGAUCGCAUCUUUCUGGUUUACGAGGAAGAGGAAGAAGAAUCUUUUGCUCCGGGAUAAUUGUCGUCGCAUCUGAUUUCUAUCGGUAAAAAAACGGAAACGACACGAUCUGUUUGAUCUGAGAGUUUUUUACAGAUACUGCGGACGCCAUGGAUGUGCCUAGCUCUUGGGAUGCUUUACGGAAACAGUCAGCUUGAUGAGCAGAUGCAUUCUUAUCGUAGACUUGUUUCCACAAAGCCUUUAUCAAAGUUAGAUGGCACUGAGACUGAUCUUGAAGCUGGUAUUGACUUACUUCUUAGACAACUCCAACAAGUUAACGCCCAGAUGCAAGCUUGGGUUUCUUCAGGUGGAUCAGAAAUGGUCUCCCAUACUUUAACUCGACAUCAAGAGAUCCUUCAGGAUCUUACUCAGGAAUUUUAUCGACACCGCUCCAGUCUUAAAGCAAAACAAGAGCAUGCUUCACUUCUUGACGACUUUAGGGAAUUUGAUCGGACUAGAUUAGAUUUAGAAGCUGGGGAUGGCUCUGAACAAUCCUUGCUCAAGGAACAUAUGGGAAUCAACCGCAAUACAGCUCAGAUGGAUGGUGUCAUUUCACAAGCUCAGGCCACACUUGGUACACUUGUGUUUCAACGUUCAACUUUUGGAGGCAUCAACUCAAAGCUUAGCAAUGUCGCCAGCCGUUUACCCACGGUGAACACUAUUCUGUCAGCGAUAAAGAGGAAAAAGUCGAUGGAUACAAUCAUUCUUUCACUAGUUGCGGCUGUAUGCACAUUUCUCAUAUUCAUUUACUGGAUAACCAAGUAAAAAUUUGCCCAUUUCUUUUGUUUGAUCUCUAUGUUGGGCCACGUUUGGUUUUCUCAUGGUGUUAAUUUGUUCUGCAAUUAUCGGUGUUCUAGUAAAAGAUCAAAAACAUAAAUAUUGUGUACAGCAAAUUUCGUCCCCGACUUUGCAGUUUAGACGAGGUUUUUA